CAGGAGCAGCGCGAGCAGGCGCGAGCCCGGCCCGGCGCCAUGGGCGAGGGGGAGCCGCUGAGCAUGGCCGACUACCUGAUCAGCGGAGGCACCGGCUACGUCCCCGAGGAUGGGCUCACGGCGCAGCAGCUCUUCGCCAUCGCCGACGGCCUCACCUACAAUGACUUCCUGAUCCUGCCUGGCUUCAUUGACUUCACAGCGGAUGAGGUGGACCUGACCUCGGCGCUGACCCGCAAGAUCACCUUGAAGACGCCGCUCAUUUCCUCCCCUAUGGACACAGUGACAGAGUCAGACAUGGCCAUCGCGAUGGCGCUUAUGGGCGGGAUUGGGAUCAUCCAUCACAACUGCACGCCCGAAUUCCAGGCCAACGAGGUCCGCAAGGUCAAGAAAUUCGAGCAGGGCUUCAUCACAGACCCGGUGGUGCUGAGCCCGACCCACACAGUAGGAGACGUCUUUGAGGCCAAGAUCCGGCACGGCUUCUCAGGCAUCCCGGUCACCGAGACGGGCAAGAUGGGCAGCAAACUCGUGGGCAUCGUCACCUCCCGGGACAUCGACUUCCUGUCCGAGAAGGACUACGGCGUCCCGCUCAGCGAGGUGAUGACGAAGCGUAACGACCUUGUGGUGGCCCCUGCUGGCGUCACCUUAAAAGAAGCGAAUGAGAUUCUGCAGCGGAGCAAAAAAGGGAAGCUCCCCAUUGUGAACGACGUGGAUGAGCUGGUGGCCAUCAUUGCCCGCACGGACCUCAAGAAGAACCGGGACUACCCGCUGGCCUCCAAGGACUCUCGCAAGCAGCUGCUCUGCGGGGCGGCCAUCGGCACCCGCGAGGACGACAAGUACCGGCUGGACCUGCUCAUGCAGGCUGGCGUUGACGUGGUCGUGCUGGAUUCGUCUCAGGGAAAUUCCGUGUAUCAGAUCAGCAUGAUCCACUACAUCAAGCACAAAUACCCGGAGCUGCAGGUCAUCGGUGGCAAUGUGGUGACAGCAGCCCAGGCCAAGAACCUCAUCGACGCCGGCGUGGAUGCUCUGCGUGUGGGCAUGGGGUGCGGCUCCAUCUGCAUCACGCAGGAAGUGAUGGCGUGCGGCCGGCCUCAAGGCACGGCGGUGUACAAAGUAGCAGAGUAUGCCCGCAGGUUCGGCGUACCCGUGAUAGCCGACGGCGGCAUCCAGACUGUGGGCCAUGUCGUCAAGGCACUCUCUUUGGGAGCCUCCACGGUAAUGAUGGGCUCCUUGCUGGCUGCCACCACGGAGGCUCCGGGCGAAUACUUCUUCUCGGAUGGGGUCCGGCUGAAGAAGUACCGGGGGAUGGGCUCCCUCGACGCCAUGGAGAAAAACAGCAGCAGCCAGAAGCGUUACUUCAGCGAGGGGGACAAAGUGAAGGUGGCUCAGGGCGUUUCAGGAUCCAUCCAGGACAAGGGAUCCAUCCAGAAGUUCGUGCCCUACCUGAUUGCUGGCAUCCAGCACGGCUGCCAGGACAUCGGCGCGAAAAGCCUUUCCAUUCUACGGUCCAUGAUGUACUCUGGUGAACUGAAGUUUGAGAAGCGGACGAUGUCUGCCCAGAUCGAGGGCGGCGUCCACGGUCUCCACUCUUAUGAGAAGCGGCUGUACUGAGGACGGCUUCCGGAGCAGCAGCCCGCGAGGGGCGCCCAACGUCCCCACGCCCGUUGCUGCCGCCAGUGGCCGCCGCCACCGCACCUGAGCUCCCAGCUCACCUGCCCCAGACCACCUGGGUGUCGCUGGCUGACAGCAAAGACUUGCACUAUGCCCCCCCCCCCGGGGGCACCACGGUUCCUUCCCCUCCCUUCCCCAAGCGCUGGCGGUUGCGCACUUGGGACCAGCUGCCCUUCAUGGGCCAGGGCCCGCUGGGGCCCUCUGGGGCUCCCCAGGGAGGGGGCGGGGCGGGGACCCCACUCGGGAUUUCCCCUGAUGACUGACUCGCUGCUCUGGAGGGAAGGAGGGAGUCCGGGCGCCCGAGGCCUCUGCAAGCUGCCCCACAGUCUCCGGCUGUUCCCUACGGGGGGAGGGGAGGGGAGGGGAGGGGAAGGGAGGCCCCCCUCCCCCUCCUAGCAGCACUGUGUGGGGUGUUGGGGAGAGGCCCCCCUCCAUGCUCUGCUCCCGCUGACCCCUAUUUUUAUUUUGGGCCCUUCUCAGGCCAGGAUCUCAUUGGUCUGUCUCAGGUCAGCCCGGGGAGCCCAGCUGGCUCGUCAAAGUGAGUUUCUGGGUUGGGUGGGUGUGUGGGGAAUAUCCCCAUGCAAAAGCUGCCCUCUCAAGGGCCGUCCUCCUCUUCCCAGCAUUUUUUUUUUUUUGCGGGGGGGGGGGGGCUCAGAAAAACGUGGUGGUUGUGUGUGGGCUGCAGAGACGAUGGGCACUGGGGUGGGGGUCAGUCUCCUCUCCCCAAAUGCCUGUCCUGCCCCAAGGCCACCACCUCUCAGCCCGCCUAGGUAGGGGCAUGGGCUACGUCCAGCCCCUCUGGCCGAAGUGUCAUUCCUGCCUGUUAGCAGGUGCUGCAGCAGCAACAGCAGCUUGUGGGGAGAUAGAAGGUGGGGAUCCCCUGCCCCCGGGCGCUCUGCAAUGGGUGGCCAGAGCUCGGCCGCCUCUUUACCACCCCCUGGCCGCGUCCCCUCCUCCCCCUCGGCUGUAACUUCUGCGCAUGUUAGGUUCCAACAUU